AUGCCUACACCGUCGAAAGAGUGUAUAACAAUCCAAGAUAUCAUGGAAGAGUCUCCUUCCAAGAGAAUCAAGUUGAGUACUCCGGAUAUGAGUAUUCAUGAAGACAAUGAUUCAUCUUCAAUCGAAGUAAUUGAUUUACUUGAUACCGAAGAACAACAACCUUCCCAAGAUCAACCAAAACUGGAAAGACAAAAGUUAGCCCAAGCAAAGAAAGAGGAAGAAAGGAAACUCCGGGAAUUGAAGAAAGAAGAAGAGAGAAAGGCUAAAGAAAUAGCUAAGGAAGAAGAAAGAAAAGCCAGAGAAGAAGCUAAAGAAGCUGAAAGGAAAGCUAAAGAAGCAGCUAAAGAAGCUGAAAAGAGAGCCAGAGAGGAAGCAAAAGCGGCAGAAAAGAAACGUAAGGAAGAAGCACGUGAAUUGGAAAAGAAACAACGUGAAGAAGCCAAAGAAACCGAAAGAAAGAAACGUGAGGAAUUGAAGGAAAUGGAGAGAAAGAAAAAAGAAGCUGCUAAAGAAGCUGAAAGGAAACGUAAAGAAGAACUCAAGGAAGCCGAACGUAAGGCUAAAGAGGAAGCUAAAGAAGCUGAACGUAAAGCUAAAGAAGCUAAAGAAGCAGAGAAACAAGCUGUAGAACUCAAAAAGAAGAAACUUGCUGAUAAACAAAAGAUAGGAAAUUUCUUCUCUAGAGCCAAGUCUGAUACUUCCAAGGAUUCCAAUUCAGCUCAAACACUUUUCGAUAAGCUUGUCUUACCAUUUCAUGUAAAAUCGAAUUGUACCAUGGCUGCUUCCGGACAAUUACCAAAAGACAAGUUAGCCCAAGCCAAAGCAUCAUUUGAAAACUUAUUAACUCAGCCAGCUAUUAAUGAUAAAAGUUUCUUCAAAUCAAGGACAAUGAAUAUCACAUCCACCACGGUAGUAAGUCCAGAAGAUAUAGUACAAGCUAUGGAAAAUAACACUUCUUCCAGUACCAUAUUCUCCAUGCUUCGAAAUUUAGGUACUAUAAAAUACCUCCAAUUCUACGAAAAUGAAAAACCUCCUUAUAUUGGGACCUGGUGUUCCAAAGAUCAUAUCAGUUUGAACUUCCCCAUCACAGAACCUUUCAACCAAGAAUUAACUGGCUAUGAUUAUACUUAUGAUUCCGACUUGGAUUGGAGAGAAGAAGAAGGGGACGACAUUGACAUAGAUGAAGAUGACGAAGAAGAAGAAGAUGAAGAUAAUGACAUGGAAGACUUCGUUGAAGCUGAAAUGGAACGAGAAACAAGAUUUGUGGGUAAAUUAAAACCCACAUUCAUGUUAAAUGAUGGUACAAACAAAGAGGUCUUUAAUAACUUGAAGUUCGAAAGAUUACACAUAACGGUAGAUUUCCCUAUAGAUCCUAAGAUCAAUUACUGGAAAGCGGAAAACGAUGAUACAUCACUUUUGUCUACACCACUUCCUGCCACGACAUCGACUCCUGUCAAUGUUCUCACCCCCACCAAACCAACCAUUAAGGAUGAAAAAAUCAUCACCAGUCUCAUAACUUUCAUAGAAGCUAAUAAUGAUUUCAGUAUUGGUACUUUAGUAGAAUUAUCACAGAAACAGUUCAAAGACUUUACCAAAGUGCUCCUCAAAAACACCAUUCAAGAAAUUGCCCAUUAUAAUAAGAAAACUGCUCAUUGGGAAAUAAAACCUCAAUUCAAACAACCAAUAUGA